AUGGAAGACUAUGGAGAUGUAACCUACGACGUCAGUUAUGACGAGGAUGGUUAUUGUGGCGUUGAUUCAUCUAACUUUGACGAAUUAUUUCGUCCAUCAGAUCUUGGCUGUAGUGUUGCAACUACUAGAGCUGAGUCCGAUGAGCUGUCGUCAGAACCUUCGGUUCAGGUGAAAGGUCUUAUGUCGGUGAUGCAUAAAUUGGCCUUGAAUGUGGAAUCAAGCAAUUUAGGGCUUGUGAGUAUGCGUCGUGUAAUUUGGGGCUACUUCCUCGGUGUAUACACUGCGUCAGAGCUGGAUGAACUUGUUACUGUCGUUGUUCGUAACCGUGAACAUUACAGAGAGUUGGCAGCUAAACAUUGCUAUGAUGGCUUGAAAAAGAUGCAAUCAUUAAAUCCACAGCUGUUCCACCCUCUAGCUCCUGUGGAACGUAACCCAUGGGAGUUGAACCAACGUUUACGUGAUCUAUUGGACGAGAUAUGGCAGGAUGUUGAGCGUACCUACCAGGAGCGUAGCCUGUUCAAGAACGACUCCGUGCGUAAGACUCUGCAGAAUAUAUUAUAUGUAUGGAGUCGAGAACAUGAUUACAUAUCAUAUAAGCAGGGUAUGAACGAACUUUUAGCGGUUGUCUAUAUUGUAUGUUAUAGAGACCAGGUACAUGUUAGUGACGUUGUCGAAGGUUCUGCUAUGAAGAUCCUUUUUUCUGGUGAUUUUCAUGACCUUGAGGCAGAUGCAUAUGCUCUAUUCGAUGCAUUGUUAUCUCUGGAAGCACAAUUGAUGUUCGACAACUCGGCGAUUAAAACACCAGCAAUACGAUCACGCCAUGGUGACUCUGGCAACUUGAACCAUAUCGCUUCUUUACCGAGUCGGGCCAAAUUGGAGUCUCAUAAUUCAUUUAUAGCAAGAACAAAGUUCAUCCAUUCUCAUAUUUUAAAGAGCUACGAUCUGCCGCUCUACAACCACUUCCAAAAGAUCGAUUUGGAACCUCACAUAUUUCUCAUGAGGUGGAUUAGGUUAAUAUUUAGUCGUGAAUUUAAUGUAAAUGAGACCUUGAAUUUAUGGGAUGCUGUUUUUGCAGAUCAUUUUCUGACAACUGUGGAACAUCGUGUGCUUGAAAAUGACAUCAACUACUGUCUCCAACGUCUAUUCAAGUUCCCUCCUACUGAGGACAUAUCGCAUUUAAUAUCAAAGGCCAAAAAGAUAAGGACGCAAUAUUGCAAGAGGAAAUUGGAAGGUGUAGCUGGAUCGCAGGGUACAUCCGUUAGUAACCCAGCAUCUACCCCCGUUAAAACGGGGCACCAUGAACCGACUCUGUUUGAUGCAAGUACAAUGCUCACAUCUCCAUUGUGCAUCAAGUCUACAGCAGCAGUUACUACAAAUACACCAUAUAUGUCAGCAGACUGUUCGGAAGCAGGUCUAACAUCGUUCACUUCCCCAUCCGAUUCCAGUGUAUCAUCGUUAUGUAUAAGUGGAACACGCGACGCGCUUGAGGGAGUUGCAUCUCGUCUAUACCGUCUACAUGAGAAAGCAUUUGUACUAGGGCUUCGCUUCGGCACAACAGCUUACGAGCCCGAGUACCCACUAGACGCUAGUGAAAUAGCUAGUGGUAAUUCUGUACGCAUUUUAAAGACAGGAAUCGCUGGAAGCCGCACUGCCGCUCCAGGUGAUAGAGUAACUGCUAUUGUUCGUUCGUUUUCUCCAUCAGUUGAGCAAGAUAUCUCGGGAUUAGCACGUCAAACAUUUGAGGCAGUAGCCGACAUGCUGCAAAGCACAUGUGACGAGGAUUCUGAUGGACGCCAGGUGAAGACCUGGAAGGUACUGAUAUACGAUGAUGAAGCGCGAGCAUUACUAUCGCCGAUGCUUAAGGUGGGAGAAUUGAGGAAUCUUGGUGUUACUUUAAAUAUGCCAAUCACCGAUCGUCGUGAAGCUCUACCCGGUGUGGAUGCUGUCUACCUUGUGGGACCUACAAAAGCUAAUAUGGAAAUCAUACUCGCUGAUGCCCAAAGACAAAUGUACAAGCAAGUAUAUGUCAAUUUUACCACCUACAGCCCGGAUGAAUACCUUGGCGAAUUUGCUAGGAAACUAGUCGAAAGUAAUGCACAUGGCUCUGUAGCAGCAAUCACUGAUCGACAUGUCCAUUUCGCAUUAGUUGCAAUGUCAUCAUUCUCUCUCAACUUACCAGGUUGCUUUUCAGGAUUGUAUGGAGGAGGGGCAGGAGGAGAUGACGAUAAGUUAGUCGACACAUUGGUAGACCGACUACUUUCCGUGCUAGUAACCUUGGGCUCCCUACCAGUACUUGUAGCACCACGUGUUAUAUCACCCGCUGCCGUCGUUGCCGAGAAGCUUAAUCGGAAAUUGUAUGAAUUUGUUUGUGCAAGACACCAGUUAGGUAUAUCAUUGUCGAGCUCAUUUAAUCGACCCAUGCUACUUAUUUUGGAUAGGACUGUAGACCUGGCACCGAUGAUCCAACACAGUUGGAACUAUCAACCACUUAUCCAUGAUAUAUUCGGCAUCAGUUUCGACAAAGUGGUUAUAGAGACUCCCGGGGAUAAGACCAAAAGGGUGACACAUGACUUGGAGUUUGGUGAUAAGCUUUAUCAGGCAAUACAUCGGCUACCACUAUCGGACGUGGCAACACACAUAUCAACAUCACUGGAAUCUUACAAUGCCCAGGUUUCUAAUAUCAAUAGAGAGGACGGGGAUGCUGCUGGUAGCUUAGUCACUGCAAUGAACGCCAUACCACAACUCACUGAACAAAAGAGACUUUUGGAUAUGCAUACUAACCUUGCUACAGCACUUGUUGAUGCUGUUAAGGCACGUGAUCUAGAUCGCUUUUAUGAAUUCGAGUAUGACCUUGACCUUUUGAGUGAAAAAAACUGUUUCCAGCAAUUUGAGGAUCUCCUGGCCAACGAGAAUUCCACAGCAGCAGAUCUCUACAGGGCACUGUUGUUAAUUGCAUUGGCACGCCCUGGGGUCAGUGAUGCAAAGUUAAAUGAACUGGAGAACCGUAUUCGUUUACGUGGUGAGGUGAAGGGUGAGAGUCUCAAGGGCCUGCGCAAUGUGAUGAAGAUGAAAGCGUUCAGUGAGGGUAUGCUGAAACAAAUACAAAACGCGAAGACGGCUGACAUGUCCACUCCGCAGCAGAUUAACGACCACUCCUCGCCUUCAGAAACGCCGAAACGUGAUUUUGCACAAGGUCAUAAAAAAUUGGCAGAAUAUAGCAGCAAGAUUAUAGAUACUGGUGUUAACAUUUUCAAAGGGGUACGUCGUAUGUUACCACGUAAGAAGCAAUCCUGCAUUGUCAACAUUGUUGACAAUUUUCUGAGUAACACGGAUGUUGUUUCUGACGAGUUUGCAUACUACGACCCUAAAACUUCAGAGAGUGUUAUUGCACCGUCCGUUAGACGCGCCAAUUCACGGAGGUGUGUAGUUUUUGUCGUCGGAGGCGGGUCUUACAACGAAUCUGUUGCCUUGCAGGAUUAUGCAACGCGCUCGAAAUACUCUAUUGUUUACGGGUCCACGGCAUUCGACCGUGCUGAAGAUUUUGUGGAACAACUAGGCAGGUCUACCUUUUCAUUGUAA